UAUGUUAAUGUGUUGCCAAAAACAACCAUUAUCUAAGGAAAUGAACGAUUUUCUAUUAUAAAAAUUUCCAGAAUUUCAGAGUCCAAAUUAGAUAGUCAUUACUUCAAAUCCAGAAACCUUCUCCAUCAAAUAUAAUAUAAACAAGAAAAUUUGUUAAAAAUACAAGAUAAACACUAUCGAUUAAUUAGCUAACAAAUAAAAUGUCUAAAAAAUGAUUAUGACUGAGUUGGAGGUCGAAUAGUUUCAAUUAUCUUACAAUUACAGAAAUAUUCAAAAAGAUAAAUUAUCAGCACUUGCCUAUGGUAAUAAUGGGUACACAUUUUGUUUAGAUCUACAACAAUAAUUAAGUAAUGGUAGUAAUGUUUUAGUGAUUGGGGAAAAAGGUAAAGGCAAAUCUACUUUGAUUAAUGCUGUUGGAAAUUCUCUUCUCGUAGAUUACGCGGAUAGAUAUAGAUAUCAUAUAUCAGAAUAUGAUUUUAAUGGAUAUUUAUAAGAGUGCGAUGUGUGGGUACAAAAUGUAAAAUUUAAAUUUUUGGAAGUACUUGGUUAUGAAUAAAACCUUUUAAAAAAUCAAUAGAUUAUGUUUUAGACAUAUGAGUAUCUGAGAGACAAAAACCUUUAAAUAGAUUGUAUACUUAUUUGUAGAAGAUUUGGAAAUUAGCCUUUAAACACAAUAGAAAAAUAGAUAAUAUGCCAUUUGGCUGAAGUUUUUGGAUAAUAAUAUAUAAAAAAAUGUUUUUUAGUGAAUACAAAUUAUGAUCUUGGAGAUGAAAAGCCUAUUCUGAAUUAAUUGCAAGGGGAUUUAAAUAGGAUAAAUCAAAUUUAUGAUUAAAUGCCAAACCCAAAAAUACUAUUUGUUAAUUCCUAAAUAACACCGUUUGAAGGGAAUGCAGGAGCACAUCGUUUUGAGACUGUCAAAGUAGCCAAAAAUGCAAUCACUAAUCUUAUUAAUACUAAUCCUGAAAGAAUAGCUAUUAUCAAUCCUGAUGCAUUUUAAUAUAGAAGAUAAACAGAAAAUUCAAUGAAAUAAACAAAGGACUAGAUUAAAGCCAGUUUGGUUUAAUUGUUGCCAUGUUUAGAAAACUAUUUCUAAAUCAGUGAAGUCGAUCCAAAAGAUGAUUUAUUCUAUGCCAAUUCAAUAUUUUGGAGUACUCUGAAAAAUGAUGAAAGGGAAAGAGAUAACAAGGUAUUAAGUGAAAUCUUAGAAGAAAUAAUUUUACCUGAUUCUAUAUUAACCGAAAUCGAAAUAUAAUUUUAAAACUCUGGAUUACUUAGUUCUCUAACAAUGGAUCUUGAUAGAUAAAGAAGAAGAAGAAAUGAAGCAACUUACUUAUAAUAAUUCAUGUUUUUAAGGACAAAAUUAAAUAUUGAAAAAACUAGGUGGUUAUAAAACAUUAUUGAAUUAGCUGAUUAGUACAUCAACGAAUAGAGACAAUUUUUACAGGAAACCUAUGUUUAUUUAGAAGAGACAAGAGAAUAGCUAAUUACUAACAAUAUGAAUAAUUAAUUGAAAUUAUAUUUACAAUAGGAUUAGGGUUUUGAAAAUCAAGAAUUAAAGCAAGAAUUUGAGGAUAUUAGAUAAAGAUUGUUUUUGCCGAAUUCAAAUUUUUUUGCAACAUAGAUCAUUGCAUUAUGA